CCGCGACCUGGCGACCUGGCGACCAUGGAAAAGUGUGCUGUGUGCGAACCUUGUCGACAUGCAUCGUAAACACUCGCCAUGUUAGAGUGCGCUAUCUCGGCCACUAAAACGGCUCGCCAUGCCAGGGCAGCGACUGGCAUUGCUCGCAGAACGCCUCGGGCCCACCAGGAACACCCACUCCACCCUGCCACGAAUUAGACGUCAUCAAGACCACCUCUUUGGUCACCACUUUGGCUCUACGCUCCAUUGGGCUACCGUUUAAUAAUAUCUGUUAAAUCUCUGUUCAGUCCCGCGACUGCUUUCCCGCAUUCUUCGAUCCCUUUUCUCUUUGCCCGUUCUAUUCUACAUACAUCUGUAGAUUUUCCAUCCUGUCGUGCCUGGAACGAGACCUGAAAACCCCUCUCUCCACAGCCGCAACCAUGUCCAACAAGCCCAUCUUUGUUGCGACUCACCCCAGAGCAUGCUCGACGGCAUUCGAGCGAGUCUUCAUGACUCAGCGGGACACACUGCAAUGCGUCCACGAGCCCUUUGGCGAUGCCUUCUACUUUGGUCCCGAGAGACUUAGCGACAGAUACGAGAAGGACCAGAAAGCUCGUGCUGAGAGCGGCUUCGAAACCUCGACAUACAAGACCAUCUUUGACAACAUUAUGAAAGAGAACGAAGAGGGCAAACGCAUCUUCAUCAAGGACAUCACCCACUAUCUGGCCCCUCCCGACGGCAAGCCGGCAUCUAUUGCCCCGUCUCUCAUGAAGGUCAAGCGCGGUGUCGGCACCAACGACAGCAAUCCUCUGACCGACAUUGUCGAUGGAUCUGCAGAGGCCGUCCCAAUCUCUUCGGGCUCAAAUACCAAUGGUGCAGUAGAGAGCUCUCCUCCCUACCCCUACGCCACCGAGGCCGAGCCUGGAAACCCCACCGUCGUCCCUGCCGAGAUCCUGAACAAGUUCCACUUCGCUUUCCUCAUCCGCCACCCCAAGCACAGCAUUCCCAGCUACUGGAGAUGCACCAUUCCCCCGCUCGACGCCAUUACCGGUUUUUACAACUUCAUGCCCUCCGAAGCCGGCUACGACGAGCAGCGUCGUCUUUUCGACUACCUGCGUUCUUGCGGUCAAAUCGGACCCAAGCUUGCUGGACAGGAGGCUGGCGAACAAAAGAGCGGAGCUGUGGACAUCUGUGUUAUCGACGCCGACGACCUUUUGGACAACCCCACGGCUAUCCUCGAGCAGUUCUGCAAGAGUGUCGGCAUCGAAUACUCUCCCAGCAUGCUGAACUGGAACAACGAAGAGGACCAUACCCACGCCAAGGAGGCCUUUGAGAAGUGGAGAGGUUUCCACGAGGAUGCUAUCCACUCCACUGAGCUCAAGCCCAGAACUCACAUACAGAAGAAGGCAGAGAAGAGCGACGAGCAGCUCUUUGCUGAGUGGUCCGAGAAGUACGGCGAAGAGGCUGCCAAGAUCAUCCAGAAGACGGUUGCAGAAAACGUCAAGGACUACGAGCACAUGAAGCAGUUUGCCAUCAAGGUUUAA